GAUUGGACAGGAGCAUAGCUACCCCGGUGUAGGGCCCCUAGACGGAGAUAACUUUCAUCAUCAUAAAUUCUAUCAGUGGGUCGUCUUCGUUCUAACACUACAGGCUGGUUUAUUCUAUCUGCCUCGAAUGUUCUGGAAGAAUUAUGAAGGCGGAGUGAUGAAGCUUCUUACCAACGGAUUAACAGACAUAACAUCGUUUAUGGACGGGGACACCAAGGCUGAUGGAUUGAGCCGUAUUUCUAAAUUUUACAGUGUGACCGGAAGUGGGCGAGGAAAGUUUUUUCUUUUCUUUUUUUUCUGCGAACUCUUGAACCUUGUCAACGUGGUCGGACAGAUCUUCUUUAUGGACAGGUUCCUAGGAGGACAGUUCACAACUUAUGGAACUGGUGUUAUCUCCCAAACGGAAGGAAACUUCACUACCCGGGUCGAUCAUCUAAAUGUCGUCUUCCCUAAGGUGACAAAGUGUCUGUUCCAAAAGUUCGGUGUGUCAGGCAGUAUCCAGGUUCAUGAUGCUCUCUGUGUACUUCCUCUCAAUAUUAUUAACGAGAAGAUCUAUGUUGCUAUGUGGUUCUGGUUUGUUUUCCUGGCAUCAGUCACAGCAGCCUUCCUCAUUUACAGAAUUGCUACUUGCUUCUCCCUUGAUCUUAGGUCCUACGUUCUGUUUUCCAAAGCUGGCGGUCUCGUCAGAAAAGAGAAGAUCCGCGCAGCCCUAAGCAACCCAGAACAUAAUGCAAUUCAACGGCUUGGAGACUAUCUUAUGCUAUACUUCCUUACCAAGAACCUUAACCCUCUUGUUGUUAGGGAUAUGUUUAAUGAGCUAGCUCCUGAAAAAUACGGAGCUGUCGACGAAGAGCUUGAAUCGCUAAAGAAAUCUAACGAUAUGUAAACAAUCAAUUAAUCAAUCGUUCGUUAUGCAAUUCAGUUUAAAGGAAUUGAGUUUUUGCCCAAACUCUGAUUUUCUAAUUCCUAUAUCCCAAUGUCGUAGAUCUUAGAUUUGUUAGACUUUGAAUUCUGGUAGAUUAUUUAAAUUAAGUUUGAAAUAUCAAAGGUUGCAAAGAUGUAGGGAUUAGAAAAUUAGAGUUUGUGGGAAAUACUCAAUUCCUGUAGAAUAAGAAAACAAUAAAGAAACUGCCUCUCAAAUAAAUUUUUUCAAAGGACAUCACAUAGUAUUGGUUUGUGCACUUUUUUCUACAAAAGUAGUUGAUGCAAGCCAAGGCACAAAUCAAAAAAAAUAAUUGACGAUUUUCUGAGAAAGACUUCCAAGUGACUUUCAAAUAAAAAAGAUUUAAAUGUUUGAAUCAAAAAAGUCCAGUGUUUUGCUUUAUGAUAAUAUUAAAUGCACAAAUAUAAUUUUGAAAAAUUCAA